AUGAAGAAGACUAAAACUGGUUCUUCUGAUAAACCAGUCAAGGAGUCUAAGUCUAUGAAGAUUCCAAAGAAGCCACCAGUCACUGAUGCAGAGCCAGUAACACACGAAGUUUUGGUUGUUGACACAACCUUAACUAAGCAUGUUGGUCCAGAAACUCAAAAAGAAAUUAUUCCUUCGAAGACUGGUGUUUUUCGAAGAAUCAAAAUAAGGUCAAAGCACAAGAGCAGAUCUCUACUCACUAACGUCAUACGAAAGCCACAUGUUCCUCAUCAGGGCGUCCUAUUUCAUGAAAUUCCAAUGCCUGUUUCUCCAUCAUCAAAGAAACGAAGGGCUGGAGAUAUGGCUAAACAUAUUUCCAAGAAGAAGACGAAAAAAAUAACAAUGAUCAUCUCUUUUGAAUUUAUAGAUGAUGGAGAUGAAAAAAUUCUAGAAACUCCUGAACCCAAUCUUCAGAAGAUACUUCGAUUCCUUCACAAACAGCUGUUAUACCACUUGGAAAUUCGGUUGCCAAGUCAUUUUCUAAGGAGGAACGAACUUCUUAAAUUCUUGUAA